AUGAUGAACGAAAGAGCUACAUGUAAGAAAUCAUUGAUGGAAUGGACACCAAUCAAAAAGAGAAUGAUAAAGGCAAGAUUCUAUUCAAAGUAUGAAAAGCUGACAGUUAUACAAACAUAUGCUCCAACAAACGAUGCAAAAGAGGAAGAGAAAGAAGAAUUUUACCAACAACUGCAAGACAAUGUUUCAUCCUGCAAUAAGAAUGAUAUGCUUAUAGUUAUGGGUGACCUGAACGCAAAAGUAGGCAAAGACAAUAGCAAUUUGCAAGAGGUGUUAGGAAAACAUGGAUGUGGGACAAUUAAUGAAAAUGGUGAAUUAUUAUGUAAUUUCUGCCAAAUCAACGUCCUCAUCAUAACAGUCUCCAUUUACCCACAUAAGGAAAUACAUAAAGUAACAUGGAAAUCCCCUGAUUGA